GAGGACCGGUUGUGCCUCCAGCGCGGCAGCUUCCUGCAGCUCUUCCGCGGCGGCCGCCCCCUGAGGCGAGCGGCCGCGGCGGAGGCGCGGGCAGACGCGCCGCCGGGGGAGCCACCCGCCUGGCGCGAGGCCCGCCUGUGGGGCCAGAGGGCGCUGCUCCUGCGUGACCCCGGCCUCGGCGCCGCGGGCGCGCCGCCGUACGCCGCCACGGCGUCGAGCCGGGCCGCCGUCGGCUUGUUCGCCGACGCCGCGUCGGCGGGUGACCCGUACAACGCCGAGUGGCUGAGGGCCUUCCGCGCCGCGCUGCGGCGCAUGGGCCUGGACGCCCACGAGAUCUCGGCCGCGUCCGAGGCCCGCAGGGGCACCAUGUACUUCUGGCGCAUCAACCAACCGGAUGUUCGCCGGCGGCCGCCUCGCGGGCGCCCCGGGCCUCGGGGUGGCCAUCGGGGAGCACGUGGGCGCCCUGGGGGCGCGCGGCGCCGUGGCCUGGCCGCGGCCGGAGACCGCGCGCUACUACCAGGACAAGCUGGCGCUGCGGGAGCUCUUCGAGCGCACGGGCGUCGGCGCCCCGCGCAGCUGGGUGGUGGGCAGCGUGGAGGACCGCUCGCGCGGCUGCAGCAGAGCGGGGAGCUGUCGGAGGGUGACUUCCCGGUGAUGCUCAAGCACCCCUACGCUGCGUCGAGCCGAGGCAUGCGGGCCUGUGGUACGCUGGCCGAGGCGCCGGAAGCCUUGGGCCAGUGGCUCCUGGAGCACCGUGUCCCCUGCCUCGUCCAGCAGCGCCUGCGCAUCUCCCGCGAUCUGCGCAUCACGUACGUCGGUGGCGAGAUCAUCCACGGCUAUUGGCGGGUGAAGCCCUCCGCCGAUACGCUCAGCUCGGGCAGCGCCUCGGGUUCCGUGCUGGACUUUGAUGUGCCGCGCGAAGAGCUCGGCGCUUUCGUUCGGGACUUUGCGUCCAGGACCGGGAUUGACAUCGGUGGCAUGGACAUCGCAUUCCCCGAGGGAGGCGGACCACCAGUGGUGUUUGAGGUGUCGCCAACUUUCGAUCUCAACCCCGAGCCACCGCCAGCGUGGGCUCAAAGACCCUACCGCGAGUUCAAGGAGACGGAAGACUACCGAUUGCGCCGCAUUGAUGCCUAUACUGAUUGUGCAGAGGCGAUCAUAUCUUACGCCCUCAACCGGAGAGGGCGACUCUUCGUCGACGUGGAUCACACUGUGAGCGACGCACGCGAGCGCAUACGUAGGGCCACCGUCCCCUCGUGGCCUGGGGUCUCUGUGGACAUGGGCAGGGCACUGUCUCUGCAGGAGCUGCUCCAGGACCCACCGAUCCCAGGGGCAGCGGCAGCUCUGGCGAGCCUUGCGCGCGACUGGGAGGUGUCCUUCUUGUCGGCGCGGGGCUCGCCGGAUGCGUUCGAGGCCACGCGGCGCUGGCUCGAGCUCCACGGGUUCGCCUACGGGCAGCUCAUCCUCGUGGACGCCGCGCGCGACAAGGCGGCCUGGCUGGAGGAUGCGGCUGCCGAGGGGCGGCAGGUGCUCCUGGUGGACGACCUCACCAGGUGUCACCACUGCGCCGCGCCCGAGCCCGACACGGAGACCAUAGGGCUGCUCCAGCAGCGCGGCAUCCGCUUCCACAUGUUCGGGGAGGUGCCCUGGCCGGAGCUCGCCCGCCUCCUGGCCCGAGCCUCCCCCGGGAGCGCCGUGCUGCAGGAUCAGGAGUUUGCAUUCAACAGGGCGCCACCACCCCGUCGUUAUCUCGUUAUCUCGACUAUGCUGGGAUUGCAGAGGCAGAGGUCAGCCGUAGCAUCAGGAAGUUGAGGCUACGAUAAAGUGAGGACGGCGUCCGUGGCUGUUUGUCAGUGAUCGUUGUAUUAGGUCGCCGUCGGGCGGCUCAUGGUUCAAAUCCCUGACGUUGCGAGCAUACGCGGUUACGCAUCCAGGAGCGAUUCCCAGGCGAGUUGUCAUGGGAAUGGGAGUC